AUAGAGGUAAUCCUAUAUUUAUUUGACUAUUUCGAGUCGACUAUUAAAACUUCGAAUGAAGCUUCCAUUGUAAAAAUUACACCUUUAUAAGAUAUUGACUUGUGCACAAAAUGUCGACUCAAAAGUUUUACCGAACUGUAAAACAACUUUUUCCCAAAAAACCGAAUGAAGAAAUUGCCAAAUUGAUCUCCAAUACCCUCAUAAAUUCGACGUCUAUUAGGGAAAUUCCUCCUCUAAUGUCCCAGCUUAAUCCCCAAGUAAUUCAUCUUGUUCUUUCAAACCCAUCUGUCCCUACACAAUCUUGCUUAAGCUUCUUUAAAUUCCUCCAAAAAGACCUAUCUUUGACUCACCAAAGACCCAAUCUUGAAGCACAUAUAGCCUUGGCUUUGCGCUUGCUCGAAGCCAGGAAGUUUGCUGAAGCAAAGAAUAUUUUGUAUGAUGUUGCUGCUGCUGAUGGGCUGAGGAAACCCUUUUCAGAAAUAGCUUCUUUAGUGGGUGAGAAUAAUGUAGAGCACAAGGUUAUGGGGAAGAUGUUAGAUAUGUUGUUUAGGGUUUAUGUUGAUAAUAUCAGGUUUGAGGAAGCUCGGGAGGUUUUUGAGUAUAUGAGGAAUGGUGGGUUUGAAUUGGAUGACAGAUCUUGUAUGGUAUACUUACUUGCUAUGAAAAGGCGAAAACAGUAUGACUCGUUGUUCGAGUUUUUCGAAAAGAUGGUUGAAUAUGCUGUGAAAAUUACCGUUUAUACGAUGACAAUGGUUAUCGACGGGUUGUGUAAAGUGGGAGAGGUUAACAAGGCAAGAAAGCUUAUGGAUGAAAUGAUUAGCAAAGGGGUGAAACCAAAUGAAUACACUUACAACACAUUAUUGGAUGCUUAUAUGAAGAAGUCAGAUUUUGUGGCUGUGAAAGAAAUUUUGAGGCUAAUGAAAAAGGAUGGUGUGAAUCUUGAUGUGACAAGUUAUACACUUCUGAUUGACGGGUAUUCUAAUUUUGGAAAUCUUGAAGAUGUUGAGAGAUUGUUUAGGAAAAUAAAAGAGAAGGGAAUAGAGCCAGAUGUCCAUUUAUACUCCUCUAUGAUUAGUGGUUAUUGUAAGUUAGGUGAUGUCAAAAAGGCGUUUUCGGUGUUUGAUGAAAUGGUGGAGAGGGGCCUUGUUCCGAAUGCUCACACAUAUGGAGCUUUGAUAAAUGGCUUGUGUAAAUCUGGACAGAUGCAAGCGGCUGAAGUUUUACUUAAUGAGAUGCAAAGUAAGGGGAUUGACGUAAAUCGAGUUAUAUUUAAUACAAUGAUGGAUGGUUACUGUAAGCAAGGUAAUAUGGAUGAAGUAUGGAGGCUGCAGAGGAUUAUGGAGGGCAAAGGACAUGAGGCUGAUGUAUAUGUUUACAAUAUAAUUGCUACUGGGCUGUGUAGGUUAGAUCGGCAUGAGGAAGCCAAGACGUGGUUGUUCUCGAUGGUGGAUCGAGGCGUAGCUCCAAAUGAAGUUGCUUAUACAACUUUGAUCGAUAUUUAUUGCAAGGAAGGAAAUUUUGUUGAAGCAAAAAGGGCCCUCCGUGAGAUGGAAAGUAAGGGAGUUAAACCUAAUACGGCAACAUACAAUGCCGUGAUAGACGGUUACUGCAAAAAAGGUUUGAUGAAGGAAGCAUAUAAGCUAAGAAUUCUUAUGGAAUCUAAGGGCCUGAUACCAGAUGUCUAUACAUACACCUCACUUGUACACGGGGAAUGCAUAUCAGGGAAGGUAGACGAUGCUCUGAAACUUUUCAAUGAGAUGCCUACAGAGGGUUUAGCUCCGAAUGUGGUGACUUACACAGCAAUCAUUUCUGGCUUAUCGAAAGAGGGCAGAUCAGAUGAAGCCUUCAGAUUGUAUGAUGAGAUGAUAGAGGCAGGCCUUACGCCUGAUGCUGCUGCAUACUCUGCUCUUGUGGGUAGCCUGCAUAGUUGACAUUUAUCUAGUGUGAGAAGUCGUUCUUUAGGAACUUGUAAGUUGUAAGCUUCAUGUAAAUCAAAUUUAGCUAAUUGGAGACAAUAGCAGACUGUUCAAUACAUCCUCAAGACAUUUUACAUGAGCACAUUCUGCAGAGAUUCGGCAGCCUGGCUUUUUGCUUGUUACUGCAGAUCUGAGUGUUGUCCGUGGACAUGGUCAGCCAUGAACUCAAGGUUGUUGUUUAUUUGAGAUUCAGGAAAGAGCUAAAGCGCUGCUCAGAGUUAAGCUGCUUGAAUUCCUUUCAUGGUUUUAGCACAAUGACCUUACCUGAGAGGAUGAUAGGCCUUUAAACCUUCUAUUUCUUGAAUCUAC